AUGCUAAGAAUAUUUUUGUGCAAUGAGACCUGUCCGCCCGACAAGCCACGCUUCGUUCAACCAGGAGGUCGUGUGUGCCUUUCUGAGGCGGAGUACCUCGAGGCCAUGGGCCAAUUGGACGCAGGACAACGGAGCCGACGCACUGUGCUCAUCACAUGCAUCGCCGUCCUGGUCGGACUCUUCUGCCUGGUUGCUAUUGUGGCCGCCAUCAUUGUGGUUUAUCUCAAUAGGAAGGCUGAGGCGGACAAAGUGCGUGAGGAGCUGCGCUCCGCUUAUACCAAUCUUCUCGAGCCCGACAUGAAGAGUCAAGCAGCUGCGCGCGAGCCCAACAUGGGCCGCCUAGAGAUGAUCACCCUUGACGAUCUGGUAUUCGAUCCUCAUCUUCCUGAGAGCUUAUUAGGCGCAGGCGCCUUUGGCGCUGUAUACAAAGGCCAAUGGCGUGUGCCGAAGUCAGCAGUGACCGAGCACAAAUGGCCCCGAGGAACAGUGCUUGACGUCGCUAUUAAGGUCCUCGAAGGCACGUCAAGCCCGUCAGCUGUUGCGGCAGCACAGACUUUACCAACAAAGGCUUCGGAAUCCGGUGAGGCUGAAGGCCUGUCGGCCACUGGAUCCCGAGCAGAUAAAGUCGAGACGCGCACAAAAGGAAACAGGCAAAGUGGUCUUCUGAGACAGCGGGUUGACGACAACCUAACGACGGAGACUUUGGCCGAUGAUGAAGACGGAAAACCUGGCUACGAUGGCGGCCAUAACUCGACCGCUGUUGCAGGUGCCGAGAACAAAUAUAAUGGCUCCCAGAAAUGGCGCAACGGACAAACAGUUUCCGUCAGACCAUCACCUCGGGAGGGCAUGCCUCUGGACAACACUCAGAUGCCAACUGUUGCAAGCAUUCCGAGAGAGGCGAAUCGAGGACUAAUCAGAUCAAACAUAGAAGAACUUCUGGCUGAAGCCAAGGUAGCCAACUUUCUGAUGACUAAUUACUUUUGGAGCAUUAAUUUUUAUUCCUUAACCUAUCUUUCUUUUCAUUUAUCUUUAUUCCAUUGCCGUAUGCUCCUAAGCUUUCAAGUGCCUUAA